GGAGUUCACAGGAAUCUGUGGCAGCGAUAUACAUUACUGGAACCGCGGAGAGAUUGGACGCUUCAAAGUCGAGCAACCGAUAGUGCUGGGGUACGAGUCCUCCGGAAUGCGUGCAAGGCCGGAACAUACAACCUCUGUCCUGCAAUGGCGUUUGCCGCGACCCCUCCCUAUAACGGCACCCUAGCGAAAUACUACCGCCUGCCAGAGGACCUCUGCUACAAGCUGCCAGACAGCCUUAGUCUGGAGCAGGGUGCGCUUGUGGAACCGCUCGGGGUCGCGGUGCAUCUUGUCCGACAGGCAAAUGUGUCACCUGGUGCAUCGGUUGUGAUUUUCGGCGCUGGACCGGUCGGAUUGUUGUGCCGUGCGGUUUCCAAUGCAUUCGGGGCUGCAAAGGUGGUUGCAGUAGACAUUCAGCGCAACAGAUUGGAAUUUGCCAGAGAGUUUACAACAACAUCGAACUUCCUACCGUUGGUCGAUGUCUCGGUCUUCAACAAUGCCGCGCGCUUGGGUGUGGAAAAUGAACUUGGCAAUGGGGCUUAUGUGGUGAUUGAUGCGUCGGGGGCAGAGGCUUCCAUCAAGACUGGUAUCCACGUUCUUCGACCCGGCGGCACAUACGUCCAAGGAGGCAUGGGCCACGAUGAAGGAGGUUUCCGGUAUGCUACCGGUGAUUAUAAGCUUGCGAUUGAGCUUGUCGCUUCGCAGAAGGUCAAUUCCCUGGAUUUGGUCACUGAUAUUGUGAAGUUUGAAGACACUCAGCGGGCUUUUCAGCAGGUGAAAGAUGGAAAUGGCAUCAAAUUUUUGAUUGCCGGGGUUGAAGACUAG